UUGCUUCUGUUGUUCAGUAGAGGAAAAGCCUGAUACAUUGAAGCAUCGAGUUUGGUGUUCAACGUUGAACAGUGAAAAGAGAUAAAGGCAUUUCAAUUCUUUUCGCCUUUACUCUCAUUUCAUAUCAACACACAGUUUUUUGUUUUCCUUUUUUUUUCCUCCCAAGUAAAUACAACUUUCAUCCUCAAUCUUUCAUCAAAUAUUAUCAUUCUUUUGUUUCAUCACUAUCAUUAUCACCACCAAUCACUCCAAGUUGGUUGAUGAACAAAAACAGAGCAAAAAUUAACCCAAAAUUUAAUCAACUUUAUUGAUAAAAGACCUAUUCUUAAACUGUUGACAUAUGAACAAAUAAUGAAAAACGGUAAAAAUAUGAUUGUGUUAAUUUAAUAAUAAUGUUGAUAAACAGUGUCUUUGCUUUGUGCAACAAAUGAAGGAUAAUUUUGUUUGCCAUUUUCCGCUUUUCAAAGUACAAUGUUUAACUUUCCAGAUUGAUAGUUUAGUUGAUGAACAAUAUUUUCAAAGUCAGCCUUUCCAUUUGCCUCUGUGAAUUGAUCAUCAUCAGUACCUUCAAUUGUUCAACUUGAAUCGUCGCUGUAACUGAUCUUUUUGCUUCACUAAUAUGCAACGUCUUCGGGACAAGUUUCGCCGUAAAAAUGUUUCGACUCCUCGAGUUGAUAGAUCUCCAAGUGGCAACAUUGCAACACCUGCAACCUCUUCGGGUGCCAGUUCACAUUAUCUCAAUAACGUGUUGACACUCGAUUCCACUUCUGAAAGCUAUCACUCUCUUAUGGUGCCUGAUUCGUGUGCUUCAACCUCCAAUGACAAGAUUGACUCUUGUGGUGCAAACAGUUUCACCAACAGCAACAACUUGUCCUUACCUGUUGGAGUUCGUCAGAUUCGAUCAGCUUCUUAUGAUGAGAUUCGUAUUCGUCGUGACAUUGAUUCUAUUCGACUCGAUGAACUUGGCUCUACAACCUUGAGCACUGAAGCUGACCCUUCUUCCCUUACAACUGAACCCGAGGUUCUCUCGUCGGGCAGUGAAAUGCUUGAUGUACCCUUGGCAGCCAAAAGUGCAAGGUCAAAGUCUUUUGAUUCGGCUUCGGGAAAGGAGGCAAUGAGUGGUAAAUUGAGAAGUGGCUCUUCGAUAUCUUUUCUGGAGAUUCCCAAGUGGAAGCUGUUUAUAAGGAGAUCUUCGUCACCCUCAUCGGGUCGGGCUUCACCUUUUCUGUUUUUCGGUGAAAAAUGCAUCCAUUGUUCCCUGGUCGAGGAACAGGCUGCUCUGAAGGCCUUGCAGCAAACUUUUGUUUCAUCAACAGGUUCAUUAACAACUGAAGAUGAUGAUACAGAUGACGAAGUUGUUGCCACUUGUUCAACUAGACGGUCAUUUAGACCACGAAGACGAUCGACAAGUGAUGACUUGAAUGAAGGUGAACAUGAUCAUGCCACUUUUAGCGGUCCAUUUGACAAGAAUCUCGCUAAAAAUAUUCUCAGUAAAUGUGGUUCUUCAUCUGAACCAAGUUCCCCCAGGGAUGAAGAAGAGACUAAAAGUGAUUCCGAGUUAAUUUCAAAAGCAACUGGCACUGAUUCAGACAUUGUAACUCACGUGAAAACGGCUCGUGUAGCAAGUGACUCGGAUGCUCAGUGCCUCAUUUCGGGUGACGAUAUAUCACCCAUGGUCACACUGUCGGCUGCACCACCACCAGAAGCACCAUCACCCUUGCAAGAGUUUGAAGAAGACUUGGGUAACGGAAUAACUGUAAUCUCCUUGGAAGUUCCCUUGACCAAACAAAAUAGAUCCGCUUCGAUUGACGCCUCAUUCCUCAAAGUUCCCGAGAAUCUCGGUUCUCGGCCCAAAGAAACAUCGCCAACCAAAACACAGCGAUCACAUUCAGUAGACAUCUCUUUGCCCACAAAGCCAGACGGACCUUAUCUCAUCGUCCAAUCAUCACGACCUGAGCAAAUAUUUUUAAAGAAAGCAAUACAGGGUGAGAUUAAGAUAUCAACUGAAAACGGUGAAACCCGAACUCUAAGAAGUGCUCCGGACUGGGGGGAAACCGCUAUCAAUGGGGACCAUUUAUGGGUUUCAACCAGUACUUCUGGUGAUCUGUGUUAUGUUGGUGAAAAUGAAUGCUCAAAACAAGGUCCAAGACUUUGUUGUCCAGCCUGUAAAAUUACAGCCCACACUGGUUGCAUCGGGAUCUUGAUUGAUAAAAUCAAGUUUCACUGUAAACCGACUUUCAAGGAUGUUGGAGUUCGUCAAUACAGAGAACAAACUGUUAUACAUCAUCAUUGGGUUCACAGGAGAUCGCAAAAGGGUAGAUGUCGUCAAUGUGGCAAAUCGUUUCAAUCAAAAUUGUCUUUUGCCAAUAAGGAAAUUGUUGCAAUCAGCUGUUCUUGGUGCAAAACUGCCUAUCAUAAUAAAGAAAACUGUUUUACCUUGGAAAGACUCACAGAAACAUGUAGUUUAGGAAUUCAUAAAGAUCUUAUUAUACCACAUUCUUGGAUUGUUAAAUUGCCCAGAAAGGGUUCUUUUAAAUCAUCUAUUCGUCGAUCUCCAAAAAAUAAGCGAUCUUCAUCCAAAAGAAGAACCAAAAAAGAAGAUGCUUCGCCAAUUGUUGCUGUUUCAAGUGAAAACAGUCACCAUCUUCCAGUUCACCCUUUAUCUUCAUCAUCUUCCUCUUGUUCACCACAACCACCUCCGAUCCAUCCAACAGUUGGUUUAACCUCAACCUCAACCAUGCCACCUCAAUCGAGCUCUGCACCGCAACCCUUGACUCCUCUGUCGGCAAAUCAAUUACCAUCUUGUUCUUUCUCUUCAUCCGCAGUUCUUUCACAAUCUCAGCCUAACAAUUCCAAUCCAAUGGAUAUAUCAUCAUCAUCAUCAUUAGCAACAUCAUCAACAAUAACAGCCACAUCAUCAACCGCAAUCUCAUCAUUGGGUGCAGGUCCACAGCCUAAUGUUCCUACACCUCCACCUCCUGGUGCAGUUCCCACUGAACCUCGGCCUUCUCUCUGUGCCCCCGGACAACACCGUUCCUUUGCAAUUAAACCCAUCCCAUCGCCUGAUUCAAAACCUUUACUGGUCUUUAUCAAUCCUAAAAGUGGAGGUAACCAAGGGUCCAAAUUGAUGCAAAAAUUUCAAUGGUUACUCAAUCCACGUCAAGUUUUUGAUUUGAGUCAAGGAGGUCCAAGGCCUGGACUCGAGUUGUACCGUAAAGUUCCAAACUUAAGGAUACUUGCCUGUGGUGGCGAUGGAACUGCUGGUUGGAUUUUAUCUGUUCUCGAUGAAAUUGGCUUUAAACCUUCGCCACCCAUUGCUGUUCUUCCCCUUGGAACUGGUAACGAUUUAGCUCGUGCUUUAGGUUGGGGUGGAGGUUAUACCGAUGAACCCGUGUCCAAAAUUUUGUUAAACAUUAAAGACGGUGAAGUUGUUCAACUGGAUCGCUGGGAUGUUAAAGUGACUCGCAAUACAGAUUUAAAUUUAAUUGAACAAGCAGCCGAUACACCUGAAGGUGCCAAAGAGUCUUUACCACUCAAUGUCAUCAACAAUUACUUCUCCAUUGGUGUUGAUGCUCAUAUUGCCCUUGAAUUUCAUGAAGCACGUGAAGCUCACCCCGAACGCUUCAAUUCACGACUUCGAAAUAAAAUGUUUUACGGUCAAGCUGGAGGUAAAGAUCUGCUUCAGCGAAAGUGGAAAGAUUUGGUCACUUACAUUACAGUUGAAUGUGAUGGAGUAGACUUGACUCAACGGUUGAGAGAUUUAAAAGUUCACUCGUUGCUCUUUCUUAAUAUCCCCUGUUAUGGUGGAGGUACUCGGCCAUGGGGCAGUGCAUCGCCUUCUUUUGAAUUACCACGAACUGAUGAUGGUCUAAUUGAAGUUAUCGGCCUUACAACUUAUCAACUGCCUCUUCUUCAAGCAGGUGGUCAUGGUUCAUGUGUAGCUCAAUGUAAAGAAGCUAAAAUAAUUACUCGACGAACGAUUCCUAUGCAAGUUGAUGGUGAACCUUGUCGUCUAUUACCUUCAAUUAUCAGGAUAAAAGUGAAAAAUCAAGCAAAUAUGGUUGCUAAAUCUAAAACUCAUUGCCAGAUAGCUUCCAUGCCAACAUUAGAUCGGGAAAUUGUAAUUCCGGUAAGAAAAUUGAAUAUCUUGGAUUAUGAAACAUUCCAUUAUGAUAAAAGUAGACUUCAUGAUGCUUCUAUAGUUUUAGGUAAACUACAAAUCAAUCCGGACCUCGAGUUAAACCAUGUUCGUGCUUUAAUCAGACAAAUGGUUGCAAACCAUCGGAAAGGUUCAACUUCAAUUCAUAUGCUCAAUAAAGAACCAGGAGACGAGAUGGCCAGAUAUCGAUUGGAAAAGGCCUUCGAUAUUUCAAAUGACUGGUGUUUCGUUGAUUCUUGUACUGCUGAAAGAUAUUUUCGUAUAGAUCGUGCCCAGGAGCAUUUACACUAUGUUGUUGAUAUAUGCAAUGAUGAACUAUACAUUCUGGAUCCAACCGAUAACGGAUACGAUCGUGAUAAACUUGCAAAAGCCUCAAAUGUGCCUACAACCCAAUUAGCAGACAAUAGUCCCGCCAGUGGGCUGAGUGGUGAUGAGACGCCUUCACCAGUUGAUCCUGCUCUCUAUGGAGACAACAAUAAUACAAUUGUACUUUUCAAGCCUCCCACGACCAAGGAACCAGGAUCGGGUAAAGAUGAUUCGGGUGAUACUUUAAACGUAAAUACUGCCAGUCAACUGUUAGAGGGGUCAUCAAUUCCAGGGACACCGACAACUGCAACAGAAACAUUAACAGAAACAGCAACAGAGUCCAACAAUCCUAGUGCCUCUAAAGAAACCGUAAUGAGUGAUAAAGAAUUUGCAUGUUACCAGGCGACUUUCAAUGAACGGGAAACCACUGUUUGAUUGAAGCAGAUUUAACUUGAUAGGAAAAGGGUCAACAGUUGAAUCAUGAUAGAUUAUUUAAUUACCGUUGAUUGUUGGCCAUCUGUUUAAAUACCCGAAAAAUGAUGGUUUCGAUUGAUUUGGAAGAGCUGUUAAGGAGAAGAUUAUCGUUAAUCUAGUUUUGUGUGCCUCUCUGGUAAAGCCACAUUCCUCAUUAAUUUAUUUACAACCAAUACCAGUGCUGAUUGACUUCAUCAUUACCAUCCUUAUGACCAUUGCAUUUAGACAUUUUAAUUGCUGUUAACUCAAUCAGCCCAUUGUUGAACAUCAAAACAGUUAACGGGAAUGACUAGGAAUCAGCUUUCAUUAUUGAUUCUACCUUGCCGAUGAUUAAAUAAUAGGCGGAUCUGGUUUCAUUUUAAUACUAACAAGAAAUAUUUAAAAAUUUGUUAUCAAACAUGCAGUUGUUAUUGGAAUGGAUUUGCUAAAUCAGAUGCAAGAAAAGCUGGCGAAACCAUUAGUUGACCAUGAAAUUAACCAUUGGAAUUAACCUUUUGGUGAUGUUUCAGCCAUUUUGUUUACUCAAACCGACAAAGCAAAUACAAACAGAAGCAAGUUAAUCAUUUUUGGAAUCGUUUUAUCUGUUGAAACACAAACAAACAAUUGAUUAUUUUUGGUACAAUCAAGUAUAAUAUCCGAAAUCUUGGUUUUUGUUAAUCUAUAUUUCCGUUGCUGAUGAGAACGCAAAUUAAUAAAUUUUGUAUCCUCAAUCAAUGAAAAUACGAUAAAGCAAAUUACAUGACAUCAUUAGCCGUUACCUGUUAACAUUUGAUUAAUCAACUUUUCUCUACAUCUUCAACAUUACAUUAACCAUUUCCAUCUUCAUCCUCUUAUACUUGUUUCUGUUCUGGCAUCAUCUCUACCAUCUAUUUUCCUUCUUGUUGCCUGGAAUCAGAUGAUUAAAUUGACAAACAAUUCACCAAUGCAUAUAUUUACCUGGAGUCAUUUCAACAUAUUGGAAAGAAGAACCUCUGUCUCUCCUGUUUCUUUAUUUUGUUCAUCAUGUUUACCAUUUACAUGAAGAUGCACUUUAACCAGAUCUAAAUCACCAAACACGAAAUCUCUCCACCUCAAGUAAUUUAAUUGAAAAUAUAAAUAUACAUCAAGUCAAGUCCAAACUGAUUUACCAUCAACAAGGUAACCAAAGCAUAAAUGAGCAAAAACAACACUUACCUAGUCAUUGGAAGGAGGAAACUUCAACGGAUUAAACCAGUAUUUUAAUAAUAAAAGCAAAGAAAAUACAAAUUGAAUUGGAACUUUUUUUCCCUUUUCAAUUGGAUUCCUCUUUUUUAUCAUCCCUAUUGGCUCCUUGAUGGUCAACCUUCCAACAAUUUAAUUGUCAAAUUUAUAAUCUUUUAACGCAUUUAAUGAUCAUAAUUCAUAAUAACUGAUCUUGACGUUACUAUUAUAUCAUCAAAACCAUCAUCAUUAUUAUUAUUAAUAUUAUUAUAUUAUUAUAAUUAUCAUCUCUGUUAUCACCUUCUUAUUAAUAUUAUUAUUAUUGGAUAAACACUUGAUUACCAUGUUAAAACACCGAGCUUUUGUAAUUCAAACCGAUCAUCAUCAAAACAAAAAGCAAGUCAACUAAAAGAAACAGAUUUUCCUAAAUUGGUUCAAUCAAGUUGAGCACCGAUGGUCCUUUAAAAAUCAAACGAGUUCACAAAAUCAAAGACGAAAUACGAGAUUCUCACAAGUGAAAAAUUGUAGAUAAACCUGCAGUCCAAGAACCUAAAGGAUCUUCCUGAUUUUGUGGUCUUCAACGAUAUCGUACUUAAAUUGUGAUUUAUAAACUAGACAACCAGAUGACUAGAUAAAACUUGAACCAGUCUCAGUAACUGCAAAGCAAUGAAACUGAACGAGACUGGCAAGAUUAUCAAAUAUAUCAUUGGAUGCAAAACAAAGAAACUGGAGACAUUUUGAAAAAGACUUCAAAAGAUCUUUAGAGAAACAAAUUUCUUGCAAACAAUUGAAAUUGUUAAAUUGUGAUUCCAUCAUCCUUUAAAUUUGCAAUGUUUUAUCAACUUUAACUUCAUUAUAUCAGUGAAAACAAGUUCAGUUUAAAACAAUUUAGUUUUCAUAUUUGGACCCAAAUACGAGAUCGUUAACCACUUUACCACUCCUCUUGGACUCUUUUUACGUAGCUAGAUCCAAACCCUUUUUCAAUGGACGAUUGAUUUAAAUGAUGCAAAUUAAUUCAAAUCAUUGGCUGGUAUAAAGCCAGGAUCGAGUUGGAGCAAAUUGAAAAUAGACGAGAAAAGGGAAAAGGCCAAAAUUGUGUCAAAAUUGAAUACAAUUUACUUUGAGUACUAAGUAAUUGUACUCAUAAACUGUAGUUUCAUCGAAACAUGUAAUUAUUAUUGUUCACUACGGACACAAGUUAUAUAUGUAUACAUUGUAAACCAUUUAUCCUGCAAAUCACUAGUUUUAUGAACAACUCAUGCACCAGGAAAGCAAAGAAAGUCCAUGGUAUUGAAGUAGAGCAUCAACAUGUAAAAUAUUUCACUGAAACCUUUACAUUCCAUUCUCUUGGUGUUUAUCAAUCGUUUUUUUGCAUCGAUUGAAUUCAAAGGAACCACUUGGAAGGAAUAUCUUUUUGAUGGAAACAAUGGAACAACAUGAAAUGGACUCUUUUUUCAAUUCCAUGAUGAAGACCAAGAAAGAUACAUUUUCCAGUGUGUUUACUUUCAACAAUCAACUAUCAUUUCUCAUCUUAAGCCAAUCAAAUGUAAUCGUAACCAAAAAACAACACAAUCAAUCACCUUAUUCAUGCUGUUAUUACACACACACACUUAGCCUUAACACUUUAUUAAGAUUGAGAACUGAUUUAUACUUGUACUCAAUUAAUUUACACUUCACAUGGAGAAACAAAAAGAUAUGCAUUGUUGUUAUAUUUAUAUUGAUUAUACACUGUAAAACACUUGCCUGCUCCUGAUCCCAUUGAAAUCACCUUCAUCUUAUUACUUGAAAUGCUGUUUUAAUUAACAAACUGUCAAUGUUGAUAUCCACCAAUUAAUUGUUAACGUUUAAGGAAAACCUUGUGCCUUCUUCUUCAGAUCUUUUCUCUUCCUUACCAUCAAUUACACCACAAACAGGGUUAAUUUAAUUUGAAACCAAUCCACCUACUCAUCACUCUUUUUCUUGCUCAUUGUGAUUAACCGUCGAAACUGGAAAGAGAGCAUCAAAAAGUCUUAGCAUUGCUGGAAACACUUACACAUAUAUUAACAUUUAUAAGGUGAUUGUAACUGUGUUUUAACGCAUUUUCAUUUUUUGGCUUAGGCUGUCUUCAUUUCAACUCUAUUGAUCCUGUUUCACUGCUUAUUGUUGAUUUACAAAACCAAUUGUCUCACAAUUGAUGUUAUUCAAUCCAUUGGUCAUCAACCUCCAAGAGUUAUGUCCAUUGAUCGCCAUAAUUGUCACCAUCCACGGAUUUCAAUGUUUUGUUUUUUCUCUUCCCAUUGGAUCUCCUUCUUUUCUUCAUUCGCCAAAUUUUGUGGAUCAUCUUUAGUUUCAAUCAUCUGUUAUUAAUAAUUCUUUUGACAAUCAAAUCUCAAUCAUUUUCUUUUUAUGUUACAAAUUUACGAUUGAGUUGUGUACAAAGAGCAAAUUUUAUGCAAUGUUUAUGUAAAAGUUAAAAAUUUGUUGACUGUAUUAACAUUAACCUUUUUUUGAAUAUUUUUUUUCGUUUCUGUUGUUACCCUGUAAUGUUGAUUUUUAAUUCAAUGAUUGACCUGCUAAAUGGACUCUGUAUACAUUUUGCUCGUUAUUAUUCCAAUUUCGAAGGAAACAUUCAAAGACAAUUAGUGAUUUGUAAGAUGGGUUAAACAAAAGGAGACUUUAAGCUGUAUUAAACACUAGGAAUGAAUUAAACAAAAACCCAAAUGAGUGGUCCAAAUGAAAUAAAUUAUGCACUGUUGAAAAAACUGAUUAGCCAGUUUGUUGUUAUUGUAAGCACCUUAUUCACUGUAAAACAAUUUUAAGAAAAAUUAAACAAGUGCUUUAAUUCAA